CGCACGCGCGGGGCCCGAGCGGGCGCGGAGCGGCGCCGCGUCCCCUCCUCCAUCCCUCAGCGCUCAAGGUGGUAACCCGUCGCCGCGGCUUCUUGGGCCGCAGUGGUCCGCCGUAGUUAUGGAGUCUCCAUGGGAUGAGCUGGCUCUGGCCUUCUCCCGCACGUCCAUGUUCCCCUUUUUUGACAUCGCCCACUAUCUAGUGUCUGUGAUGGCUCUGAAGCGUCAGCCCGGAGCAGUGGCAGUGGCAUGGAAGAAUCCUUUUUCUAGCUGGUUUACUGCUAUGCUCCACUGCUUUGGUGGAGGAAUUUUAUCGUGUAUACUGCUUGCAGAGCCUCCACUGAGGUUUCUUGCAAACCACACUAAUAUAUUACUGGCGUCUUCAAUCUGGUAUAUUACUUUUUUUUGCCCAUGUGACCUGGUUUCCCAGGGCUAUUCAUUUUUACCUGUUCAACUUCUGGCCGCAGGAAUGAAGGAAGUGACCAGAACUUGGAAAAUAGUAGGUGGAGUCACACAUGCUAAUAGCUAUUACAAAAAUGGCUGGCUAGUCAUGAUAGCUAUUGGAUGGGCCCGAGGUGCAGGUGGUGCCAUCAUCACGAAUUUUGAGAAGUUGAUAAAAGGAGAUUGGAAACCAGAAGAUCAUGAAUGGCUGAAGAUGUCCUACCCUUCCAAGAUAACCCUGUUGGGGUCAGUUAUCUUCACAUUGCAGUACACCAACCAUCUGGCAAUAUCAAAGCAUAAUCUUAUGUUCCUUUAUACCAUCUUUAUUGUGGCCACAAAGGUGACCAUGAUGGUUACGCAGACUUCUACUACGACUUUUUCUCCUUUUGAGGAUAUGUUGAGUCGGAUGCUAUUUGGCUGGCAGCAGCAGUUUCCAUUAUGUGAAAAGAAAAGUGAAACAAAGACAUCUUCCAAUGGCAUGGGGUCGCUGGCCUCCAAACCUGUAGAUGAAACUUUAGAUAAGGUUAAAAAGAAACAGGCUAAGAAGACUGAAUAAAUUUACUUGAUAAGCUCUA